AUGAAUUUUUCAGAUUUGAUUCCUUUUUCAGGCCACGCAGAAUUUUCUCCUAAUUCAGAGUACUUCGCAGCAAUUAAAGGCUUGACUGUUACAGUUUAUUCGACUCAGCAGCUAAAUGUAAUCGCAACUUGGCGUGUUCUUGAUGAAUUAAGCAAGCUCGAAUGGGGUCGUGAUUCAAAAAUCCUCAUGUGUGCUCAAAAUAAAAGGUGUGUAGUUCAGAUAUUUAACCUUCAAGACUUAUCUUGGAAUAGUAAAAUAAGCCUUGGCAUUGCAGGAUUAUCUGGAGCAUGGAUUGCUCCAAGUUCUCGAGAAAUUAUUACAAUAACAGAAUUCCAGGAAAGACUUAACAUCUGGUCUUUAAUUGAUAAAUCUGUAUCUCAUCUCCUCAACCCAAAGUAUGGAAACAAAGGACUAUCUUUCUCAAGUGACGGAAGAUUUAUGGCUUUAGCUGAAAGAAUAGAAGGAAAAGACUAUCUUGGGAUUUAUUAUACACAAAACUGGGAAUCUGCAAGCCACUUUCAAUUAGAUACUUUUGAUGUUGCAGACAUCAAAUGAAACACUGAUGAUACUGUAAUUAUCUGCUGGGACAGCUCAGUUGAAUAUAAGCUGCUAAUCUAUUCUCCAGACGGUGAAAUUUUACAUUGCUUUUCUCCUUAUCAAAAUGCGUUAGGCAUCCAUUCGGUUGUCCUCAGUCCUGGAGGCACUUAUAUGGGAGUUGCCUCUUAUGAUGAUAAAGUCAGAGUAAUUCAUCAUGUUACGUGGACAAGGCUAGGAGAAUUUAAUCAUGCCAGUAAUUUAAAGGAGGGAAAAGAUUUUUAUGUUUAUAAUGAAGAAGAGUAUGUAGAUCAAAGCGGAAGAGUCUCAGCUCAUUAUGGAUUUUUAGAGUUGCCAACUAAGUUAGGCACAACUGAUGAGAGAGGGGUGAGCUUGUGCAAAUGGAACCAUAAUUCGACGUUUUUGGCAACCAAGUCGUUAUCAGUGCCUAACGCUGUAUGGAUCUGGGAUAAUAUAUCUUGCUCGUUGAAAUCUGUGAUAAUUCAUAGAUAAACGAAAUAUGGCAUCACUUGAAUAUUCUGCUCUCCUGAACAGAAAUUCUCCCUUUGGCUAAUUUGAUUAUGAAAUUUGACUUCACUCAGUGAAUUCAUCCGGUAAUAACGGUGAACAUGCCCAAGGGUAUAUGGUUUGAACAUCCAUCCCCUAGGAACAGAGAAUUCGGGAAGUGUCCAUCAACCCCACGAGUGAGACUGGAACCUUUAGAUGCCCAACGGACACAAGUUGAUUGCCCGAGAGCCGAAUAACGGCCGUCGAAAUUCAAACGCCCGAAGCCGAAGGAAUAUUCAGAUCAAGGCCAAUUAGUGGAUGACGCUUGAUUGGUGGGGAACACGAAACCCAUCUAGGUGAUGCGGUAGUGGACAUUAAACGAAGGUAUAUCCGUAUUAAUUUAUACAUGUAUAUGAUAAUUCAUAGACAUUCUGUAAAAGAUGUAGAAUGGUCACCAAAGAAUCAGCUGCUGGCGUUUACGGCUGGGUCGAAAAUGAUUUACUUAUGGUCAGAUGAUGGAGCUUCUGUAUGCGAUAUGCCUUUUGGUAAAUUCUAAAUAGAUGAAAGUGAGUUUAGGGCUCAAUCUUUAAAGUGGAGUCCAGAUGGCCAAUGUUUGAUGGUAGCCGAUGAUGGGAAUAAUGUAGUGGUCGCUUAUCCACAGUUUGAGGAAUUAGAAGGAAGGCAGGCUUAA